AUGAGCCAGCCAAUUUUAUCAGAGCUCAACAGGGAAGAAGGAUCAGCCACCUUCGUGUACACGCAGGGCCAAAAUCCUGUCAUAGUACCUCCAGAAUUCGAAGGGUUCUUUGGCCCUCCUCCCAAUUUCACGUUUAUCGAUGGCGACCCCAAAGUUGCUUCCUAUCCAAUUCGCACGCUUGGUCGAGAAGGGAGCCCUGAAGAUGCGAUAAGAAAGUUUUACGAUGCUGCCGGGCUUUGGAAGCACAAAAAUCCAAGCUCCGUGCUGAAUCCUCUACUUGAACAUAUUGAUCAAGAUCCCGAGAUUGAAGGCAUCAUUGGAUUCUCAGAAGGAGCAGGCAUUGCGGCCUCUCUCCUUGUUGAGGAGACCCGGCGACAAAAAUCAACCGGCAGGAUUCCUCGUCUCAAAUGUGCUGUGUUCAUGUCUGGGAUGCCUCCCAUUGAUUCAUCCACUGGCCGGUAUCUUCUGCAGGACGAAGAUGGCGAAUUGAUUUCUAUACCGACCUUCCACAUCAUGGGAUCCCAGGAUGCUAUGAUCAGCGGCGUUAUGGCGCUGUACAACGUCUGUGAUCCAGACACCGCAGACCUGUUCGACCAUGGAGGAGGUCACAUCAUUCCCCGAGAUGCGCAAACUGUGACCGAAAUUGCAAAGGUGAUCCGUACUAUGGUUUCGGAUUUGUGA